UGAAGCUCACUGUGGUGUUGCUGCUGUCUGUCUACCACAGACCGCAGCGCGUCCCAUUAAGCGGGCGUACUGUUGUCGACGGGCCAGGUGCUAAGUCAGCUAACUUUAAGUGACUCGGCAUUCAGUGCUGAAGGAGAAUGGCGUUAUAAUGGUUUACCAAACAGCCUCAAUCGGACGUAGCGUCUCGGUGUUUGGGGUAGCCUUUAAUUGGCUAGCUUUUAGCUAACACGGAAGGCAUCUCCAGGGAUUCAUCAAUGAUCAACGUGCGUACUUCCAAGAUACUGAGCUAAUUUCUGCAAGCAUUUCCGCUGUUUAGAAUGUCCAAACGCAUGAGGAACACGGAGCUGUGUGCAGACUGUUGCGUCCCAGAACCCCGCUGGGCCUCAGUGAACAGAGGGGUGUUGAUUUGUGAUGAGUGCUGCAGUGUUCAUCGAAGUCUGGGCAGACACAGCUCACAAGUCCGUCACCUGACGCACACACCAUGGCCUCCUACACAGCUACAAAUGGUUCAGAUGUUGUACAGCAAUGGCGCUAAUUCAAUUUGGGAGCACUCCCUUCUGGACCCGGCAUCUGUGAUGAGUGGAAAACGCAAGGCCAACCCCCAGGACAAAUUACACCCCAACAAGUCAGAAUUCAUCAAAGCCAAAUAUCAAAUGUUGGCGUUUGUCCACCGAAUGCCUUGUCGGGAGGAUGACAGCUCAACAGCCAAGGAUCUGAGUAAGCAACUUCAUUCAAGUGUUCGCACCGGAAAUCUCGAGACCUGUUUGCGGUUGCUCUCUCUGGGAGCUCAAGCAAACUUUUUUCACCCAGAAAAGGGAAACACUCCCUUGCAUGUGGCAGCAAAGGCAGGACAAGUCUCUCAGGCUGAACUGUUAACUGUUUACGGCGCAGAUCCUGGAGCCCCUGAUAGCAACGGCAAAACGCCCAUUGAUUUUGCGAGGGAGGCGGGCCACCACGACCUGGCAGAUAGACUGGUGGAGAUUCAGUAUGAGCUGACGGAUCGGUUGGCCUUCUACCUGUGUGGGAGAAAACCAGAUCAUAAAACCGGGCAGCACUUCAUCGUUCCUCAAAUGGCUGACAGGAACAUCAGUUUAGAUCUAUCGGAACUGGCCAAGGCAGCAAAGAAGAAGCUACAGUCACUAAGUAAUCAUUUAUUUGAAGAGCUGGCCAUGGAUGUGUAUGAUGAGGUUGACAGGCGAGAGACUGAUGCAGUGUGGCUAGCAACACAGAAUCACAGUGCCCUCGUGACGGAGACAACUGUGGUGCCUUUCCUUCCUGUCAAUCCAGAGUAUUCAUCCACAAGGAAUCAGGGACGCCAGAAACUUGCUCGAUUCAAUGCACACGAAUUUGCAACUCUUGUGAUUGACAUCCUAAGUGAUGCAAGGCGGCGACAGCAAGGGAAUUCAGCAGCCAACUCCAAAGAUAAUGUGGAACUCAUCUUGAAGAACAUGUCUGGCAGGCCAUGCAGUGACAGCCAGGAUAAUGAUCAGCCCGACUACGAUAGUGUAGCGUCCGAUGAGGACACAGACCAAGAGCUUCCUUCAAGUAAAGGAGAUAGGACCAAGAGCCUGGACUCUGACCUCUCUGAUGGCCCGAUCACCAUGCAGGAGUACCUUGAUGUGAAAAACGCUCUCUCAGCCUCCGAGGCCAAAAUUCAGCAUCUCCUGAAAGCCAACAGCAACCUGAGCGAUGAGCUGCGACUGAUGCAGAAAAAGCUGCAAUCUCUGCAAAGUGAGAACACCUCUCUUAGGCGGCAGGUCACAGCCAAUAUCUAUCAGAUCCCCAGCACGUCAGACUAUCCCGACCCCUCCGCUCCUUCAGCCCUGAAACGCCGGCAAUCAGCUCGGGCAAGUCGGCCCAUGAGUAUGUACGAGACCGGCUCGGGCCUGAAGCCUUAUCUCCCUAAAGGGGAAAGUCCUUACCCAGAAGAGGCUAUUCCCACCCUGCAUCCCUUCCCACCUCAUAAGGAAAAGGGCCCUUUUAUGACCGCAUCUUCAUCCCUCCUCUCAUUUCCGUCCACCCUGUCCUGGUCCAAGGAUGAAAGUAAUCUAAAGGCCUCCAAGUUAGAGAAGCAGAGCAGCAUGCCUGAAAGCGACUAUGACAAUGCAUUCAUCGACUCUGAGGUGGACGAUUCCGGUAUGUGCAGGAGAGGGAGACUGAGGAACAGUGGCCGGCUUGGGGAGGGCAGCUCCAUCCCUGAGUUGGAUGACGCAGAGGUGGAGUCGGACGCGACACUUCCCAGCACCGAGGACGUCAUCCGCAAAACCGAGCAGAUCACCAAGAAUAUUCAAGAGCUCUUGCGAGCAGCUCAGGAUAACAAACAUGAGAGCUUCAUACCCUGCUCAGAAAGAAUACAUGUGGCUGUGACAGAAAUGGCUGCACUCUUUCCAAAGAGGCCGCGCUCCGAAACUGUGAGAAGCUCUCUGCGCUUGCUGACUUCCAGUGCGUGCAGGCUUCAGAGCGAAUGCAGGAAGGCGGUGCCACCAGAAGGCUGCCCAGGACCGGACAUGCAGCUCGUCACCCAGCAGGUCAUCCAAUGUGCUUAUGAUAUCGCCAAGGCGGCCAAACAGCUUGUCACCAUCACCACUAAGGAGAACACCAACUGAUAGCGUGGCGACACACUUUGGCUUAUAUUUAGUUUAUUCUGGUUUUGUUUUCAUCUUUGUGGUAUAUGCAUGCCUUCAUUUAUUUAAAAAAAAAUUUUUUUUUGGUCAAUUUGGUACAGAUGGGACUGUUUACCUUCUCUGAGCUUUACAACAAAUACUGUACCCGUAAUAGCACAAUUGAACUUAAGGUGAAAUAAAUGUUCUUUAAAUCCUCUUACGCCAGUAGGAUGAAGCACAGUACUCGGAAAUCCAUCCAAUACCGCAUUGUACUGUAAAUGUUCCCUCAUUAAGGAUAUUCGCAUAUGCAUACGCAUAUUCUCCCCAUGUGUCAGAUUUGCUGCACACUUUUUAGGUCUGCUGCCUGGAUUCUCCCAUUGGCCGAUAUUGAGGGCUGCUGAGAAAAUAAGUGAAAUAUUUUAGAAUAUCAAAUAAAAUGCUGGAGGAGCAUAACUGGACGACAUAGAUUUGUGACGAGGCUAUAGCAACGCCCGUGUAGUGCCAUCCCUGCAACGAUCGGUAUAACUUCCGGAUCCACGACGCAAUUUUCCAAAUGGAUCUCUAUGGAAUUCACGUCUCGUGAAAAUUUCACGAUGCGUAAUUUAGAGCGACCCUCAGAAUUCACCGAAUCAUGCCUCUUUGGUGGUUUGCGCACAAAUUUUCACAUGGGAGGUGUGUCAGAAGUCUGGAUGGGAGAAUCCCCACCCCUAAAAAGUGCACAAGCCAGGCAUGUAAAAUUAAAAACAAAACAAAAAA